AGGGAACAGGGAGGGAGAAAGGGAGGAAUAGAGGAGGGUGAAAGAGUGAGUGAGAAAGCGAUUGGGUGUGGGGGAGAGAGAGACUGCUAUCAGAGAGGCGGAGUCUGGGCGGAAAGGUUACGGAGGGGGAGGAGAGAGACAAGUUCUGAGGCUCGUUCCUGCUGCUCACGGUCGCCGUCAGUAUUACUGCUGAGUUCGGAGCUACCGGAGGUCCCGUGGAUACUCAGUCUACUCUACCGGACCGUUAAACCGUCUAACUGACACCCGCAGAAACUUCACAACUGAGCCCCCUGUUUCCCCCGGAAGCUGGACAAGCUAUCCGAGACUAUGCUUUUCUGUCUGCUGCCUCUCGCGGCUCUCUUGCUGCGCGCUGAGGGCAGGCGCGGGGAAACAGAGGUCCGUAACAACAACAAUGGCCACGCGCUGGACAACGACAAAUGGCUGAGCACGGUGUCUCAGUACGACAAGGACAGAUAUUGGAACAAAUUCAGAGAUGAAGUUGAGGAUGACUACUUCAAAAGCUGGGGUCCUGCCAAGCCAAUCGACCAGGAGACAGAGGCGAGGCCCGGGAGACAUGAGGAACCUGGAACCAAAGUCCACUCCAACCCAGGGAAGAGGAGAACAGAGGAGGCUCUGGACGCCACUAAACAUCCAUGUGUGAAGGUGCGCUGCCCUCCUCACAGGGUGUGUGUCAGCCACGACUACCAGACAGCCAUCUGCACCAACACCAACCACAAGCAGCCUACACACAGUGUGAAACCGAGGAAAGGAAGCUUGGCCUACAAGCACUGGGCAGGAGCAGGGGCCCAUGGGAAGUGUAGGCCAUGCCCUGUCAUCCACCCCAGCCCUGUGUGUGGAUCUGAUGGACACACCUACUCCUCUAAGUGUACGCUGGAGUUCCAGGAGUGUAAGUCAGGGAAGAACAUCGCUCUGAAGUGUGGAGGACCGUGUCCGUGUCUGCCUGACCUGGAACUGGUCAAACCACACAGCCACAAAACAGAGAAGAGCGUCUGCAGUGAUGGGGACCUGCAUAGCCUAGCAUCCAGACUGAAGGACUGGUUCGGAGUUCUCCACCUCGACGCCAACCGAGACCUCAAAUCCUCUGCCAACUCUGAUUCAGCGGCAGGACGUUUUGACACCAGUAUCUUGCCGAUCUGUAAGGACUCUCUGGGUUGGAUGUUCAACAAGCUGGACAUGAACUAUGACCUCCUGCUGGACCAAUCAGAGCUCAGCGCCAUCUACCUGGACAAGUAUGAGCUGUGUAUGAAGCCCCUGUUCAACUCCUGCGACUCCUUCAAGGAUGGAAAACUGUCCAAUAACGAGUGGUGCUACUGCUUCCAGAAACCUGAUGGUCUGCCCUGCCAGAAUGAGAUGAACCGGAGUCAGAUCCAGGGUCGGAGGAACACUGUCAUAGGGGCCUAUAUUCCACGCUGUUCUGAGGAGGGAUACUUUAAGCCAACCCAGUGUCAUGGUAGUACUGGACAGUGUUGGUGUGUGGACAAAUACGGCAACGAGAUCGCCGGCUCCAGAAAACAGGGCAACCCCACCUGUGAGGAGGACCAAGAGACCUCAGGGGAUUUUGGCAGUGGGGGCGCUGUCAUUCUCCUUGAUGACCAGGAGGAGGAGCCAGCUCAGAGUGGGAGGAGCCGGCAGAAGCAGAGGCGGGGCCGGAUCCAUCCCAGAGGGGCCAUUGAGGAUGACGAGGACGAGGAAGAUGACAAAGAUGACGAGAUUGGCUACAUCUGGUAGCUCCGCCCCCACCUGUUCUCCCAUCAACCAACCAGGGACCCCCGUUAACUCUGAAUAGACCUGAAGCCAUUCCAGCGUCUCCUUCGUACCCCUCAGCGUCAACUCUGUAUUCAACUGACUAUCCCCUCCUCUAUGCCUCUUGUUCACCUUGAAACUUUCUCUCCGCUACUCAACCUUCAUAUAGUGUGUCCCUCCUACUCUCCUUCAGAGAAUAGAGACGUAUUCAAUUCAAACAAAGACUGUCUAGUCUCUUUUAAUGUGUGUCCCUCUGCUACUGCGUUUGUCCUCAAACCCUUCAACCAUAGACUGACACAUUGCUAUAUCCUCUCUCUCUCUCUUUCUUGUUCUUACUCUCUCAUCUCCCCGUUCUCUCUCUUUAUCUGUAUCUGUGUCUGUGCGUCUCUGCGAGUCUCUUGUCUGACUGUGAGGUCAGAGACAGGUUUGAAGGUGAGAUUCUAUGGUGUGUUCUGGCCCUUCUGUCAAAGACUCCAUUUUCCGCUCCCGGCCUCACCCCUCAUGUUCUAGAAUACCAUAUUCUCUGGUUCCAGAAUAUUCUAUAGGCUCUUUGGUCGAGAAUAAUGUUCUUGCUGUUCUUGAAUGCUCCAGGGUGUUCUAGAACCAGAAAGAGUGAUGAUGUGUUACCUUUUGUUGCAUGUUCCCUGACUACGCCCCUGUGGAAAGACAAGUUUGGGUGGCAAGAUACACUGAGUGUACAAACAUUAAGGACACUUUCCUAAUAUUGAGUUGCACCCUGCCCUUUUGCCCUCAGAACAGACUCAAUUCGUCAGGGCAUGGACUCUACAAGUUGUCGAAAGCGUUCCAUAGGGAUGCUGGCCCAUGUUGACUCCAAUACUUCCCACAGUUGUGUCAAGUUGGCUAGAUGUGCUUUGGGUGGUGGACCAUUCUACACAUGGGAGCGUGAAAAACCUAGCUGCGUGGCAGUUCUUGGCAUAAACCGGUGCUCCUGGCACCUACUACCAUACCCCAUUCAAAGGUUUGUUUUUCCCAUUCACCCUCUGAACGCCCCAUAUACACAAUCCAUGUCUCAAUUGCCUCGCCUCAAGACUUAAAUUCCUUCUUUAACCGGUCUCCUCCCCUUCAUCUACACUGAUUGAAGUGGAUUUAACAGGGGACAUCAAUAAGGGAUCUCAUCUGGAUUCAACUAGUCAGUCUAUGUCAGGGAAAGAGCAGGUGUACCUAAUGUUUUGUCCACUCAGUGUAUAACUCUCUAUGUAUCCUGUGUCCAGUGUUGGAAAGGGACCUGUAAAGUAAGAAUUUCACUGUUAGUCUACACCUGUUGUGUAUGAAGCAUGUGACAAAUAAAAUUGGAUUAGAUGUUGAUUUGACAAUGUCCAUAUUGGCUGCUGCAGUGCUCCCUCCCUCCCCUUGCUGUCUCAAUGCUGUGCAGUCUUUAUUUGAUGAUUCCUCUUCCAAUUGAGCUUUUAAAAGUUCAAAACCAUGUUGUUAGCCACUUACUAAAUAGCAACCACUCUCUUCAACUUGAAAGCUUUGAUAAUGACUUUUUCCCCAGCUAGUUUUGUACUUCUGUUUCAGUUGGAGGCACUUAGUCUGUAGAGCUACAGAACAGAGAAAUCUAAUUGUGGUCACACAAAGAGCCCUGCCAUUAUUCAGACCUUUUUCAAAACCCUCCCAAAUCCAGCCUGCAGAUUUAGAAACGGACACAAAGAGAAAAUGCUUUUAAGGGUUCGCUUUUGUGGGGGGGGGGGGGGGGGGG